UGAACACAACGUUUACCACAUUGCAUGCAGUUUGUCUUCAAGAGCAAAUCGUUUACCAUUUGUAGUCCAAUAUGGCGGAAUCGCAACCGGCUGCAACUGCUCCAGCAGGAGAUUCAUGUAAUCCUGAGUUAUCAAAUGGAGAGGAAGCAUCAGAAACCAUGGAGCAAGAAAGACAGGGGGGUAUCAAGCGUCCAGCAGAGCAACAGUUAGGACCAGACGAUAUUGAUAAAGAAUACAAACCAGAAGAACCAGGGGAAUUCCGCAAGGCUGAUGAUGAUGUCAUUGCUCAAAGAGCUGUCUUUGCACCAGUUUCUGCUAUGGUUGAGGAUGAUGAGAAUGCUAUUGGUGAUGGAUUUAGCAAACCUGCUUUCAGGCUCAACCCACCAACCCUCAUCCAUGGACAAGCCAAAUCAGCACCUACAUCUUCAGAUGGCGAGGAGAAAGAAAAUGAAAACGUCAAACCUUUAUUGAGACCGUCGGCACUCAACAAUCACGGGAAAGACGAGGAGGUAGAGGAGAAGUUGGGCAACCCGUUAGCCGAUGGAGCUCACAGUUUACCAUUUGCGAUGGCAGCAACGGCUGAGAACAAUAGUGAAACAGAAAGUGACGCGUACAAAAGGACAAAAUUAUUUCUGCCGUUCACCACGGGUGAAUCGAGCGAAAGAGACUUGGGUUUCGGCGUGUUUGGCAAGUUCCGUGAUAGUGCUUACAGGAUUGGAUUCACGGAGCAGGAUGGGCGGGGCAGUGAUGCCAAUUCAAUGGACAAGGACCCCGAUCCGGAUCAGCACGAAGGGACAACGCAUGAAAAUUACUUCGCCCAGUUUGCAAGCAAAAAAGACAAAGAGUUGAACAGUUCUGGAGACAGUCCAAGCAGUUUAUCAAGUUCAUCAGGCUCAUCGUUCUUGUUUGGACAGAAUAUGAAUGAAAGAGUUACGAGUCCUAACAGACAAGAAGGGGAACUGCAAUCGGUCGGUGAAUUGGUGUUUGGUCAAAAUCUUUCAGCAAGGAUCAAGAAUGAUGGUUUUAAUGAAACUUCCCCUGAGAAACCAAAAGAGCAAACAUUAGCUGAGAAUGCAAGCGCAUUGGAGGAGGCCAGGGAGAGGAUGAGGAGAAAAUUUGAAGAUGUUGAGAACCUGACUGGAGAAGAAGAUGAAGAAAAUGUUGUUUCGUCCCAUUGUAAGCUGUUUGUAUUUGACAAUGUGAAGAGGAAUUGGCUAGAAAGAGGGCGUGGUCAAAUAAGGUUGAAUGACAGUCGGCAAUCGGCAACGGAUUCUGCUUUCCAGUCAAGAUUAGUAAUGCGUACGCAGGGAAGCUUCCGUCUUAUUCUCAACACCAAGAUCUGGAGUGAUAUGACCUUAGAGAAAGCAACCACGAGGAACCUACGAAUUUCAGCCAUGGAUGCUGAAUCUGAGACCAUUAAAAUCUUCCUUGUAACGGGAACACCCAAGGAUAUAGAGCAGCUGUACUGCGCUAUCGAAUACCGAGUUCAAGCCCUGAAGCACGUAGAAGAAGACAAACAACGGUCGGACGUAGAAGAGGGUCAGGCCGGAGCACAAGAUACCAAAGAUGAAGAGGAUGAAGAUGAAGAAGAUGCUGAGGAUGAUGACGAAGAUGAUGAUGAGGAUAGUGAGGUGGCUAAGAUCUGUUCUCGUGAUAGGAGUAAACCAACAUCUCCAAAGAGCACUGAAGGCAACAGUGCAUCCGCUUCACCUUCUCUGCACCCUGAAGAAUCAUGAGUGCUGCUCAAGGAAUUAUUCUCGCAACCCUCUUGGAUUCUGAGCUCAGACUUGUUAUUUUUGGGUCAAAAUGAUGAGAACGUGGCUAAAAUUGAGGAAUCACAAUGGCAUUGGUAUCUGCUGAGAUGCAAGAACAAUCGGACCACCAUUCUUUUAUUUGCCAAGAGAGAUUUCAAAAUUGGAGCUGACCUGUUGGUGUUGGAGUUGACCUGAGUUUACAUCACAUCAAUUCAUUAUAGGUCUGAUGUUUUGUGAUUGAUUGCAUUAGUUAUUAUGUGGAAUCAAUCAUAAAAAGUAAAUGUUGACUAUAUGAUGAAUUUCUAAGCCAAAAUGUCAAAUUUCCUGUACCUACAUGUACCAUAUUUCAUCAAAAAGAUUUGCCGAAUGGACAAUACCGUCAAACCUUUACAUAGGUAUUACCAGGGAAUCGGGUAUACGAGUAGAAAAUCUUUCUUGGUUUAAUAUAUGCAAUGUAGUUCGAGGGUUUCGAUAGGAGCAGAGAAACAAUAAAGGUUUGAAAAUAUACACCAAAGAAUAACAUGGAUCUUUGAUGUAUUUGAAUUCAUAUAACAUGUAUGUGAAGUUGCUCUCAUACAACAUCAUACUCUAAGAUUUUAAAGAUCAGUAACUCUGUUUAGUACCAGCUUAAAAUUAUAGAAAAUGAAUUUUUGCCAAACUUUCACUCUCAUGUUGCUCUUGUUUUUCUUUUUACUCAUAUCUCAACCUCGAAAAUUCGCUUUUAUGGUAAUAAGGAUGAUCGCAUAGAAACAGAUGUGAACCAAGGUAUUUGUACGAUGUUUUAAAACAUUACCCAAGUUCACGUCUGGAAGCACUUUCCCUUUAGAUUUUCUCUCAACAUUCCUAUUAACCUGUUAACUUCUGGAACCGGAUGGUCCUUAUGAAAAGCCUAUAGGAACGAACAAAUUCACUAGUCGAUGGGUAAUGCAAACUACUGUAGCUUGUUGCUAUUAUCAUGCAUUUAAUCAGUGCUUUUGAAAGGAUAAUUUGCACUUUAUUAGACUCAAACCUUACAGGAAACAGGACAUAUCAUAAAUUUGAUCCUAAGUAUUGAUAUUUUAUUAUUUUGUGAUCAAGGAGGAAAAACAGAACAAAUCACACUAAGUGACCAAUAUUAAUUUUUUGAAUGAAUAAUUAAUGAUAAGUCCUGAUUUACCUGAUCAGACCCUCUUUUACUUCACAUUCUUAUUUUCUUUGAAUAAAGAAUUUUCACAAUAUAUACUAUGCAGAAAUGACAUGACUGAUGUUGGGUUAAGUGUUUAUGUUUAUUUUGAUAAAUUUCUUUAAUUUCAUACCCUUAUGAGUUUUGUCUAAUUCAGAUCUGAAUUAGAUGCAAUAUUAGAUGUGAUA